UGGUAGUUUCAAUUCCUUUUGUGGUGGUGACAAUGGUGAUAACUGUUGCUGUCAGGGUAACAAUUGAGGAUGCCUUAGAAGUGAGAGUCGAAGACAAAUCGGCUGCACUCAGUGAAGAAACUCCUGAAGUCACUGCAGAAGAGGUACCGCUCAGUCUAGAAUCAGAAGCUGCUCCAGAACCCAGUUCUGAAUAUGUUACAACUGAUGAGCUAGCACUACCAGAUGAAGCGUCAGUCACAGUAGCCGUAGCCGUUAAUGUGGUUGUGCUUUGA